AAACUAUUGAUCAAAUUCUUUGUAAACAAUUCAAAGAUUUGAUCAACACUACACAGACAAUUUGAUUUGAUUUCAUAGCUAUUCAAAUGGCUUCAAAAGGUGUUGUCAAGAUAAGCCUAGUGUUGGUCUUAAUGACCGUGCUUUCGAAUGGUGCUAUGUCUCAGUCGGAUUGCACUAGCACGAUUGUCACCAUGUCUUCAUGCUUGAACUACAUCCAAGGAUCAACUCAAACUCCGUCAGGUUCUUGCUGUUCGGCUCUCGAGAACGUUAUUAAAACAAACCCUAGAUGCCUGUGCCAAGUGCUUGAUGGUGGUUCUCAAUUUGGGAUCACUAUUAAUGUUACUCGUGCCCUAGCACUUCCUGCUGCAUGCAAAGUUCAAACACCUCCAGUUAGUAGAUGCAAAGGUGGAGUUGCACCUGCACCAGGACCGGAUGCAGAAGGUCCAUCAAUGCCAGGAUCAAAGGCAACUCCAGGAAGUGAUUCAUCAUCGACUAGGGUUACAAACAGCAACAUGAUUUACCUUCAAGUUGUUGGCUUCCUUGUGUUGUUCGUUUCGUCGUGUGUUUCAAAAUUCAACUUCAUCUGAGUUUUCCAUACAUUUAUGUGUCAACCGAAAUAUAAGUUAUACUCUCUCGGUUCUAAAAAUGAUUGACCGAUUUCUUCUCUAUGGACAGGGAGAGUAUACUAGUUAAUUAGCUUGAUUUCAUACUUCCCCGAGUGUGUUUUCUUAUUAUUGAUUUUGAAAUUACGAUUUUUGAGUCCACUUUUGUACUUGUGAUGUGAGCCG